CAAGACCGCAUGCGCAAUCUCCAAGAAGCAACAAGUACGAGUCAAGUAUUUGACAACACUUUUCGAAAAUGUCUAUUGGAGUUUCUAGGUGAGAAUUAAAGAAUUCGAAGAGAGAAUCGAGAGACGGGAGCAUGGAAAAGUACGAAGUACUCGGCCAGGUGGGCGAGGGCUCAUUCGGGCAAGUCUACAAAGCAAAAAAGCGCUCAGACGGCGAGAUAGUCGCGUUCAAAGUCAUUAGAAAGCGUGGCCGCUCCGAGAAAGAGCUGAAGAGUUUACGCCAAGAAUGUGAGAUCCAGCGUCACCUCUGUCACCCUAACAUCGUGCAGAUGCUGGACUCCUUCGAAACCAAACACGAAAUCGUUGUUGUGACCGAAUAUGCGGACAAAGAAUUGUAUGAGAUCUUGGGAAAGGCUGGACGUUUGUCGGAAGAAAGAGCUCAAGUGAUUGCUUGCGAUCUCGUCUCUGCUCUCUAUUAUUUACACUCGAACAGAGUGCUACAUAGGGAUUUAAAGCCACAGAAUGUACUGCUCGAGGCAAAUGGGGUCGCAAAGUUAUGUGACUUUGGAUUUGCCCGUAGCAUGAGCACAGGCACGCACGUUUUGACAUCUAUUAAAGGAACUCCUCUGUACAUGGCACCAGAGUUGAUCGAAGAACGUCCUUAUGAUCACAAUGCCGAUUUGUGGUCCUUGGGUUGUAUAGUGUACGAAUUAGUGGUGGGCACGCCACCUUUCCAAACAACUUCCAUACUGCAUUUAGUGAAACUCAUACGUUGCGACCCGGUCAACUGGCCCGACUACAUAUCAGGGAGUUGCAAGAGUUUCCUGCAGGGCUUGUUGCAAAAAGAUCCGUCUCAACGCCUAACCUGGCCCGAGCUUCUAGACCACCCUUUUGUAAAGGACCGUAUCUUAACUGUUGGAGGCACAGCACCAACUCCGUUUACGACACCGUUAUCAGCUAGUCAAGCCCGAGCUAAGCAACAACAGUUGCAGAGCUUGUCGAUGCAUUCGACAAGUCGUUCCAAAGUCUUAGAGAAGGCGGUCCAAAAGAUUCAGGACCAAGAACGGAAGCUACGAGAGCAGCGUCACCGAAACUGCAUGUCCCAGCCCCGUUACCCCAUGACCCACGGUUUUUGCCAGUACCAGCCAAGUCAGCAAUGCCGCAUCCUGCGCCACAGCGAACCCAGUGGAACCGACUCCAGUGCAAGCGUCGACGUACUUCUAGGAAAUCUCAGCCUGAGAGCUUCCUUGCGGAGCGACCUGCUAGCAGCUGAUCACGCUCUCUGCCAAAGCGACUGCCCUAACAACGGAUCCUUCCGGAACAAACCGAGCAACGAGGGAUAUAACAUGCAGCGGGCAGAGUCGCAGCAGCACGAAGAGGUCAUUAAGCGCCGUGGAGAGGACCUGGUGAACACACCGGUGAACGGCCAGGGAGACGGAGCGAACAUUCCGCAGCCUCCAGGGACAUCUCCCGUCACCGAGGGACGUCGUGGCGACGGGGACUGCAAGAAAAGCCGACUGAGCAUGGACUACGAGCUCGAGUUUGGAAAUUCCGAGAAGCAAACGAGAUUGCCCGACUGGGACCCCAAGGCUGUAGAGAGGCCGAUAGAGAACGAGGAGUGGGUGGCCUUUCUUCAGCGCUCCAUGGAGGAGGUCAUGGAGGGCGAAGUGGGCUCCCUGCUCCAGCAGAACUGCGUUUCCGUUUUCGUUUCACCUCUAAGAAAUCCCGCUGCGGGGUGUAGAGUCGUCGAGUACGUCGCUUGUCUGCUCUCGCUCCCUUUCGUCGUUUCCGUCAGCCGUAAGGACCUGGACAAGAUAGAAAGGGUGUAUCUGGAUGUCAGGGUGGUGCCGAACCUGGUCUACGCGAUGAAACUGUUGAUGACGGAGCGCAGCGAUGCGGACGUCGGCACGGGUACCGGUUCCGGAAGUGAUCUCGGCGCUAGGUCGGCCUCGACUCUGUCUGCUGAUGAAUUGCAAGCCCUGGAGUGCGCGAUGCUCCUUCUGUGCAGACUGGUAUACGUUAACGAGCAGUUCCUCACGCAGUUCUGCGACGCCGUCUACAUAGUCAGCGGCAUGCCGCUUCUGCAGCAACUCCUCACCCUCGAGAAGAGGAAAGCCAGAGUCGUCGCCGAUCUCGUCGCGAUCCUGAAUAACAUUUUGCGCUCCCAGCCGGAGAACGCGGAGUUAGUUGAGCGGGUCAUACUCCGCUCCAAGACUCCAGGGGGAGGCGUCGAGUUGCUUAGCAAGUUGCUGACCCACCGUCAAAGCGUCCUGCGAGCUAGGGCCUGUACCCUGGCCAGACUCCUAGGGAGGUUCUGCUGCAGAGCUCUUCAACAAGUCUGGGGCAGACCUCUGAGGAACCUCCUGGAAGCGCUCACUCUGGAUGACGAUGGCAACGUCAGACACGCCGCCGAGGAUGCCGUUGGGGAAUUGAAGCAGCUCUUGUACUACAAUCAACAGAGUCCUGCUGGGUAGACUUGGCGAAAGGAGUACACCAGUGCCUUCGGGAUAAGGAAAGAUAUCGCGAUACUCAUAUUUUUAUACCUACGUUAUGGCACCGUUAAUA